GGGAGAACCAGCGGCCACCGUGCAGGGUCAGAGCCAACCUGACAUAGCCAAGCCCAGGACCAACCAUGUAUUCUGAAGACUCCAGGGAGUAUUCAGAGGACUUGCAAUCCCCGGGGAAAUUCCGGAUACGCUCCGCCUCGGGGCCUCCUAGGCGCAGUGCACCCUCAACGAAGCAAUCCAAACGCUCGCGUCGUGGAUCCCGAGUGCAAAGCAGAAAGUCAAAGAAGGACAGAGGCUCCCAACUCCGGAAGCGAGCUGAACCAGAGCCCCGGAGCCAAACACAGACGGAGCCGGCCAUCAGCACAUCCGAGAAGGAGGCCAUCCAAAAGCGUGCAGAGGGCCGCAGCAGAGUCCCGCCCAAAUUCAGGGACAGCAUCAAGCAGUUUUUCUUCUCACCCACGGGAGUGCUGAAGAUCCUGAGACUGGGUCUUCUCAUGGGAUCAAUAACUUGUUUCAUCAUCGCUGAAGCCCAUGAGUCAUACAUAGCAAUCACAGUUCUGGAAACCUGCAUCGAUCUUUUAUUCAUUAUAAUAUAUAUGGUAACCCUUCACCGCUUGCUGACUUAUAUACAUUGGCCCUUACUUGAUCUUAUGAACAGUUUCAUUACAACUGUGUUCCUUUUAAUAGUUGCCAUCUUGGCAAUGCAAGAAAAGGAAAGAAGGCAUUUAUUCUAUGUUGGAGGGGCCCUGUGUCUCACCGCAGCUAUCAUUUGUCUCAUUGAUGCGGCUGUAGUCACCAAGACGAUGCGGAAAAAGAUUAAAAAAGUCAUGAUCCUCGAAGACGCCAGUCUGUCCCCAAUCCCCUCAGAAGCAGCCCAGCAACCCAACAACCCAGAAGCCGAGAAGGCGAAGGCGGUCAGCCCCGCGCCCUCCGUGGCGUCCACAGUGGCAUCCACAGCGGCAUCCACGGUGGCAUCCUCGCGGCCCAAAGAGGCUUCUCCUUCCUCCCGCUCCCCCAAGCGCUGA